AUGGAAACCGUAAACAAGAACACUGACGAAGGUGGUUUGGGUGAUAGUAGUUCGUCGAGAACAUCCACCUCCAGUUCAUCUACCAGUACUUCUGUGGUUGACUAUGGCCCUACGCUACAACAAACGACGUCAUCGAUAUCCCACCUAGACAAGAUACAGUCUGUCGGAGCAGAUGACAAGUACGUAUAUAUAGGGAGGGAGAAGUACCCGAAGGAUGAGUUGUACGAGGCCUUUGAAGGUUCGUUGAAUCCAGGGUUGGCACCACCACCUUCACGUAAAUUUGCUAACCCAGCACCAAUUGGAUUAUGUGGGUUUGCACUGACAACUUUUGUGCUCUCCAUGUUCAAUGUGAAUGUGCGUAGCAUACAUAUCCCAAACGUCGUAGUCGGCGUGGCCAUGUUUUACGGUGGACUGGUCCAAUUGUUGGCGGGCCUGUGGGAGGUCGCCGUUGAAAAUGCAUUCGCUGCCACGGCACUGUGCUCCUAUGGUGGGUUUUGGUUAAGUUUUGGCGCCAUAUACAUACCGUGGUUUGGCAUCCUCGAUGCAUACAAGGACCACCCAGACGAUCUGAGUAACUCAAUGGGGAUAUACUUACUGGCGUGGGCAAUUUUCACCUACGGGCUGACUCUAUUUACCGUGAAGUCCACUAUGAUGUUUUUCGCUCUGUUCUUUUUCCUAGGACAUACGUUCCUAUUAUUGUCCAUUGGUGCAUUUGCCCAAAACGAGGGUGUGACUAAAGCUGGGGGGGUCGUUGGUAUUUUAACUUCUUUCAUUGCAUGGUACAACGGGUUUGCAGGGUUAUCCACGGACCAGAACUCUUACUUUACGUUGAGUUCGUUGCCACUACCAACCGCUCGUUGCAUAUACAGAAAGAAGAACAGACACGAUUUAUCGAAGUUGGUGAAAACGCACAGUUCUAUGGAAUGA